AUGCAAUACAGUAAUCGUAGAUUGACUAAAGAGACAUUAACUACACUCGAUCUUUCACAUAAUGAAAUUGGAGACAUUGGAGCACAACAUCUAGCUAACAUAUUAAAAAACCAUCAAACACUUACCACUUUAGAACUGUCACACAAUCGAAUCGAAAACAACGGAGCACAAUAUCUUUAUGAUGCCUACAAAGAAAACAAAACACUUAUUAAAUUGAACCUCGAAGGAAAUCCUGGUAGCUGCUGUUCAACUGUGAGUGCAGCAAUUCAAAUACGAAAUGACAAAAGUAUCACUAAAAUGGAUCUUCAUGGAAAGAGUAUCGAUGACAAUGCCAUGAAAUUUUUGACUGAUACACUAAUUAACAAUGAAACAAUCAUUGAACUGAAUCUUUCCCAGAAUAAAAUUGGACAUAUUGGAGCAAAAUAUUUAAGUGGUCUAUUGCAAACAAAUCAGAUGAUUUUUAUAAUGGAUCUUUUAGGGAAUCAUAUUGGUGACACUGGAACUCAGUAUUUAGCUAAUGUUUUACAAAAUAAUGCGACAAUCACAGAAUUGAAUAUAUCGAAUAAUGGAAUAAGCGAUGUUGGAGUACAAUAUUUAGCCGACAUGCUACGAAACAAUACUACAAUGAUUGCACUUGACCUUUCGAGCAAUGCAAUUACAGAUAUUGGGGCACAACAACUAUUCAAUUCAUUGGAAACCAACAAAGUUGGUUUAUAA